AAGAAAAAAAAAAAAAAUAAAUAAAUAAAAAAAAAUCAAAAAUAAAAUAAAAAAAACAACAUUAUUUUAAUUAGCGUUACGUGUUUGAAAUUGUGUUGGUCAGAAUAAACUAAUCAAAAAUUCUGUUACUUAAUCUAAAGAGACUUAUCGUUGUCAUUUAGCAUCAACAAUAACUCGCCGCAUAUUUGAUUUGUGCCGUCGAACGAUUUACGAUAAAAUGGAAGCCCUUAAUUACAGUUUAAGUUUAAUUUUGGUGUUAAGCUUGUGCCAUGUAUGCAUAGCAUGGCCCACGCGUUAUAUACGAGCAAUUGAUGAUGAUUUAACUGCCUUUCAAUUGGACGAUGAAGAUUUGAAUCCAGUUAACGCUAAGGAUAAAACUAGUGAUGAGUUAGAACGUAAUAAAAGAAAAUUGCCUGAUGCCACAUUUGAAGCAAAAAAUGCUGUCUUGGGUUUUGUAUUUGGUAAAAUCGAUAAUCUCUUAGAUACUAAGACUCGCGUUAUUGAACAACUGGAUCGCGCUAAUAUUGAGAAGAACAAACAGUAUGAUAUUCCUAAUCCAGUGCCAAUACCAGAUGUUCAGACAUUGAUAACGGCCGUUGUAUCGCCGAAAAUUCGCUCGUUGGGCAAUAUCGCUAAUGAUAUAACAACUGGUGUAUUAACUACGAUAACCGCUUUCAGUGGCAGUUCUGGCGGCAGCGGCGGUAGCAAUAACAAUGCAGGUCUAGGCAAUGUAGUAUCAAAAUUUUUAGGUUUCUCUGGACCCAUACUGCAAGGCUCAUCUGGCGGUGGGGCUGCUGCCGGUGGCAGCACACCUGCACCCGAUUCCGACGAGGCUGGCUAUUAAAUUUUAACAAACUGAUCGCAUAGCAAUUUUCCUUCAUAUUUCUAAUGUCUGUGCAAAUGGUUGAAGAGCAGUUUUUAGUUUUUGUCUUGUUGUAUAUAAAAAAAAAAAAAAAAAUAAUAAAAAAA